CCUAUGGUUUAUACGAGGCUCAAAUAAAUAAGCCCAUGUAAGAAUCCACCGAUAUGGCACUCGGCUUUGUUCUUCAGGCAAACAGUUGUGAAACAAUGGUGUCGUCGAAGAAGGCGAAGAGCGAUGGCGUCGUCGAUAAAGGCAACGGUCUCAACAACACACGCGGCUCCGGCUCCGGGUCCAAAACGAAGAAUAAGAAGAAGGCGCCAAACAAGGCGGACCUAAAGGAUUAUGUUGCGAGGAAGGAGACGGAGGAGGAGGUUCGUGACGAGAUCUCGGAAUCUUCUUCGAGCAGCGAAGAAGCGAGACGCGAUGAGGAGACCAAGGAAAGAAGCAACGGCGUCGUUUCGGAAGAGGCGAAGAUGAUUAGGUUCCCGAUGACUCGGAUUCGGAGGAUCAUGAGAAGCGAUAACUCUGCUCCUCAGAUCAUGCAGGACGCUGUGUUUCUUGUCAAUAAAGCUACGGAAUUGUUCAUUGAGAGGUUUUCUGAAGAAGCUUAUGGAAGUUCUGUCAAGGACAAGAAGAAAUUCAUCCACUACAAACAUCUAUCUUCUGUAGUGAGUAACGAGGAGAGAUAUGAGUUCCUUACAGAUUGUGUUCCUGAGAAACUAAAAGCAGAGGUGGCGUUGGAGGAAUGGGAAAGAAGCAUGGCAGAUGUAGGCUGAGAUAAAACCAGUUGGAACCGACCUGAACAAUUUGGGAACUUGUGUCAUGUCCUGGUCAAUUGGUUUCAUCUGCCCAAUCUACUACACCUUCCUUUACAAUCCCUAAUGAGAUUGCACAUAGUUCAUUUCUAGAAUGUACUACCUUUUCUUAUUUUUGUUAAUUUGAGUUUAUAAGAGUUUCCGGAACUAUAAUGUUUUGCUUUCUUAGGAAUUAUAAAGGUUGUGUAGCCAUACUGCGAAAGCAUUAUUCCUGUCUGGACAGUGAUGUAUACACAUCAUAAAUUUUUAUUAGUUCCAUUUGAUCAUAAAUUU